UGUCAGUGAUCGAGAAGUAGCGAUAAAUAGUUAAUAUUUUUUAUUUUUAUAUAUCAAAAAUGCCUUAUUGGUACUAUGACAAAAAAGAUCUGCAAAAUACGCCGUCAUUUCGCGAUGGAAUUAGUACUGAAACAGAAAAUCGGUAUCGUAAAGAAGGUGCAAGAUUUAUUAUUGACACGGGAUCAAAGAUGGAUUUAGGUUAUAACACAGUUGCUACGGGUGUUGUUUACUUCCACCGUUUCUACAUGUUCCACUCAUUCAAGACAUUCCCAAGGUAUAUCACGGCGUGCUGCUGUUUGUUUCUCGCAGGCAAAGUGGAAGAAACACCAAAAAAGUGCAAGGACAUUAUAAAAGUUGCGAAGCCCUUGAUAUCUGAACAAAAAUUUAGUACUUUUGGUGAUGAUCCUAAAGAGGAGGUGAUGACGCUAGAAAGAAUAUUGCUUCAAACGAUAAAGUUCGAUUUGCAAGUUGAACACCCCUAUGGAUACCUUUUGAAGUAUGCAAAGUGUUUGAAAGGAGAUAAAUCAAAGUUACAGAAAAUGGUGCAGAUGGCGUGGACGUUUGUUAAUGACAGUUUAUGCACUACACUGUGUCUACAAUGGGAACCGGAAGUGAUAGCGGUGGCCCUCAUGUUCCUGGCUGGCAAGCUGAGCAAGUUUGAGAUUGUGGACUGGAACGGCCGUACACCCAAACACAAUGCUUGGUGGGACAUGUUUGUUGAGGAUAUCACUAUGGAUCUGCUAGAAGAUAUUUGUCAUCAGGUAUUAGACUUAUACUCACCUCAAACUCAACAAUCUGGUGGAGACUCACCGACUGAGAACACUACAAAGCAGACAAAAAACGAGAAGAAGCCACCCUCCAUUACACCGCCCGCUUCCGCAUCACCUGUCGCCCCUGUCGUAAGUAAACCUGUCACCACACCCCUCAAGAAUGGAGGCGAAAGCAAACCUGAACCGCCCAAGAUGGAGCCCCUGAGGUUCAGUUACCCUAGCUAUCCUGGAAUACCAUUCGCGCCUCCAGUCUACAGUGCGCCUCCUCCUGGUGCCAUGCACCCCGUACCUGCCCAUGUACCCCCGCACAGCGUUCCUCCACACAGCCUACCUCCCACACAUCCCGUUCCCCCACCGCAUCCUGUGCCCCCUUCACACCCCCCUCCACCACAUACAGUGCCCCCACCACAUACUGUGCCUCCGCUAUCAUAUCGGGAACCACCUCCAAGUCACCCGCGUUUUGGCACUCCUGUUAGCGUGCCACCGCCCAACUAUUUUCCCCCAAUGCCUACGCGUGGUCCUCUUCACAGGCCAUUGCUUCCUGGUCCGCCCCCUAGACCAUAUUAUCCACCCCCCUAACGCAAGGUUUAGGUUAAGUUAGAUAACUAUUUUAUACAGAAUAAAUAGAUUG